UUAGACUUUUGCAACUCUGAUUUUAUCAUUUACUUGGAAACUCUUCAAAGUCACUCUUUGAGUCGUCCUCUGACUCUGGCUGCCUCCAUCCGUUCCCACAGAUAACUGAAGGGAGAGCCUUUUACUUGGAUACUGCAGUAAUGGACAGUGGAGCUCAUCAGAUCUUUAAUGGAAAAGAAGACAACUACGGAGGUAUAGUGGUGAACUUGAUGGAAAUGGAACCCAUGACUGCUCAGGAUUUUGAGGCAAAGCUCGAUGUUUCACUUAAGUCGUGGAAGGUUCAGGGGAAGAGAGGAAUUUGGAUAAAGCUAUCUAGUCAGCUUUCUAGUCUUGUUGACAGUGCAAUAAAGAGAGGGUUUACAUACCACCAUGCGGAGAAUGAGUACGUGGUUCUUACAUCUUGGAUCUCAGAGUCACCUAGCACUAUUCCUGCCAAUGCUUCUCAUCGUAUUGGGAUCGGUGCUUUUGUGCUAAACAAGAGCAGAGAGGUCCUUGUGGUUCAGGAGAUUGGUGGUCCUUUCAAAGGGACAGGAGUGUGGAAGCUUCCUACCGGUCUUAUUCAAGAGGGUGAGGAUAUUUGGACAGGAGCAGUUAGGGAAGUGGAAGAAGAAACUGGUAUUAAGACAAAAUUUGUGGAAGUCUUGGCUUUCAGGGAAAGACACCAAUCAUUCUUUGAAAGAAAAUCAAGUAUAUUUUCCCUCUGUGAGUUGGAGGCAAGCAAUUUUGAAAUCAAGAAACAAGACUCUGAGAUAUUGGAUGCAAAGUGGAUGCCAAUAGAGGAAUAUGUCAACCAACCUUUUAACCAGAAGAACGAGAUGUUCAGAUUCAUGGCUAACAUCUGCCUAAAGAGGUCGAAGGAGAAGGAGAAGUACGCAGGUUUCUCCACUGUCCUGACUAAGAAUUCAGCUGGUAAGGAAAGCCAUCUUUACUGCAGCAUUGACCACGCCGACCUCCUCAACCGAAAGUGUGACCAAGCCUCCACCUCUCUCUUCACAACUCUUUUCCACAAGUGUUUCUGUUUCACUUAAGUCCUCUCGUCUCCUGUCUCCUGUCCCAUGUAUGAUAAAAACAGCAAGCUUGCUGUCUAUGCAAAUACUGUGAGAUGCAAUCUAAGUCCCACUUUAGAUAUUAGACAAAGAAAAGUCUAAUGUAUAAAGAAAAGUUCAAUUCUAAUUAGUACGAGGUCUUUUGGGAUGGAAACAAAAAAAUAAAUUUAUGCGAGUUUAUCAUUAAG